GAAUAAAUGCAUACUUUAAAUAAUAAAUGAAAAUAUUGUCUAAGGGAUGCUAAAUAGUGGCUGUUUAAAAUGAGGAUGUUUUUUCAGUUAGGAAUGAACAAUAUCUCAAAAAUGAAGAUGUAGAAUUGUAUAUAUUUCAGGAAGAAGGUAUGAAAUCAAUAGAAUAUAUUAAUUAUUAAGAUAUCAUCAAGAAAGGUAUUAGAUGAUGUUGAUAUUCUAGGUAUUAAGAAAAUAAGUGGAUCAGAUGGUUUAGAAAUAGUUAUUACUUAAUGUGUCAAUCCUAAUAAAUUUAUUAUGGAAUAAAAUGACUCAGAAUUCAAUUGUAAUGUAGUUAGAUAAUGGUUAGAGUUUAAAUCAUAGAAUCAAUUACAUUAGUUUAGUUAACUCUAUUAGACACUCAAAGAUGUAAUAUAUUUCAAUAAUAAUUUAUUAGAUUCAAAAUGCAUAAACAACAAUAACUGAAAUCAAAUAGUAGGAUACAAUUGAAACUUUCUAAAGUUGUAUGGAUCUCUCUGUAAUUACUAAUAGAAGUGAUAGUGUCAAAGAAUUAGAAUAGUAGUAUGUUAGAGGACAAAUGAAAUGGGCAUAAAUUGAUAUGGAAAAUGCUGAACUUGCCUCCAGAAUUCAAUUAUUAGAAAUAGAAUUACAAUAAAGAAAAGAUGAAAUUAAUAAACUUAAAUUCUAAUUUGAAAACAAUGCUUAUCAAUUACUAUAAUCCAAAUAAUAAUUGGGAGAUGUAAUCAAUUAAGCUAUUGAUAUUGGACAUUAAUAAAUAUUGUCCAAACUUGGAUUAUGA